CUUAAAUUAAAUCCUCCACCACUUCAUUUCUCCCUGUCCAAAUUCUUACACCAAUUAUCUUUUUUCAAAAAAAUCUCACACCAUGAUUGAAUCCCCCAAAUUCCUCCACCACGAGGUCGCCGCCGGCUACCCUCUCGCGCCGGCGACCGUCGUCCCCCGCAGCGACGAAGUCUCCGCGCCGCCCAUCCAACAUCUCGAGGAACAGGAGGAGCGCCGCCGCCGCCGCCGCAGCCGAAUCCGGUGCCUCGCCAUCGCCGCCACCUUCGCCGCCGUCCAAACCCUAAUCGUCGUCCUCCUCGUCUUCAUCACCCGCGUCGCCGCCCCCACGGCCGACCUCGCCGACGUCGUUUUCACCCCCGGCGAGGGCGUCCGCCUCACCGCCCAGGUCCGUGUCCGGAACGCUAACUUCGGGAGCUUCCGGUUCGACGACGCCUCCGUCUCCGUCAGGCCGUCCGGCGGCGGCGACGACGGCGCCGCCGCCGCCCAGCUCGUGAUCCCCGAGUCGCGGAUCGGGCCCCGGUCGACGAAGAAGAUAUCGGUUGUGGUGGAUCUGGUUUCGGAUCCGGAGUCGGAUUCGGAUUCUGGUCCGGGCAUGGCGAGCGUACGGGUCGAGGGGAAGUUGGAGGGUAAAGUGGAAGUUAUGAAUAUGAUCAAGAAGAAGAAGACGGCGGAGCUGGACUGCAGAGUCCGGGUUCAUUUGUCGACUUAUGUGGUCCGGGACUUGAGGUGCAAGUGAUUCACGCCUUCGGACCGGCAGGUGCUGGAGUCCCGAAUGUUUGUCCUUUAGUAUCAGUAUUAUUUUUACUAUUAUUAUGGCUUUUUUUUAAUUUUAUUUUUGGAGAUUGAGAGAUGUAUUUUAGUACUAGUUAUGUAGUUUUAGUAUAUAUAUUCAUGUAAAAUUUUUGUUAUAAUACUGUGUCUCUUUUUAUUUCUUAUUUUAUUUUUUCGUUGAACGGAGUUUAUUUUUUCUAUAAAAAAUAUUAGACUGGACUACAUAAACAUUAUUAUAUUGGGCCACAUUAAAUUCCUGAGCCCCAUAAAGGCCCAAUAAUUUCUCGUACUGUCCCACACUGCUAUUACAGAAAGCUGUCUGCUUCUUUACCAAAGAGCCAUGGUGAUUAGAGUUCGUCCCUUCGGGGACAUCUGAUAAAAUUGGAACGAUACAGAGAAGAUUAGCAUGGCCCCUGCGCAAGGAUGACACGCAUAAAUCGAGAAAUGGUCCAAAUUUUUUUUUUGUAUCGUUUUGAUGUUCUGUUUUUCCCCCAAUUCCUUCGAUUUUGAUAUUAGGGUUUUUUUUGUGUGUUCUUCGUCCCUUUCGAUUGAUUUUGGUAUUAGGGUUUCCCUAUUUUCCCCCCUUUGUUUGAUUGUUAAUUCGGAGUAAUGUAAGUGUUUGAUUUUUAUAAUUUAGGGUUUACAGUUCCAUUGUUCGUCGAUUGGUUUUAAUUUGCAGUAAUGUAAGUGCUUGAAUUUAAUAUUUUAGGGUUUACAAUUCAAUUGUUCAUCGAUUGGUUU